UAGAAGUUAAGAGUCAGCUCUCUGCCAUUGUUCUUGUUCUGGAAGCCUGGGGACGGGACGGGACGGGACGGCGCUGGUCGGGUACCGGACGGCGGUCUGUCGUUAUGACGGGCUCCGGUCCGAAGCUCGGGGUUCUGCUGCUGCUGGCGGUCCUGCUGCAGACUGUUGUCGUCACCAUCACUGUGCUGCACUUCACCACUGCUCUCAACUCGAUGAAGGAGACGUUUGCCAGGAGCAGUGUUUCCUGUCUGACGGGCGCUGACCUGCAGAGCAUCACGGCUGUACGAGGUGAUCCAUGCUGGCAGGUCACUCAGCAGCUUCACCUGCUCAUCGAAAAGUCUUUGUCUCAGCGGUACCAGAGGCAGAUUUCGUCUGCAGUAAGAGAUGAAGUAUCUCGGGUGCUUCCCUCACUUGUAAUGGAGGACAGGGCUUCACCUCGCCCCAAAGUAGCAGCCCACGUCACAGGCAGCUUUGUGCCUAAACUUGAGCGAGACGGAGGAGCUCCAACCUCCGCAGGGCGUCGCGUUCAGGGCCAGAAGAUUUCAUGGUGGGAAGGGCAGAAGGGCCUGGCCUUCCUCCAGGACGUCCAGCUGGUGGAUGGGGAGCUGGUGGUGCCGCAGCCUGGCCUCUACUACGUCUACGCCCAGACCUACUUCAGACACACUCACUCCCUGGAGGAUGAUAGCGAGGGCGGCGAGGAGGCAGAGGACAGAGGAAGACCCCUGCUGCAGUACAUCUAUAAAAAGGUGAGCUCCUACCCGGUUCCCAUCCUGCUGAUGAAGACGAGCCGAACCUCCUGCUGGUCCCGGGGUUCCCAGUUCUCUCUGCACUCCGCCCACCAGGGGGGGUUGUUCCCACUCAGCACCGGCGACCGCCUGUUUGUCACUGUGACCAACGCCUCUGCUGUGGACAUGGACGAGAAAAGCAGCUUCUUUGGAGCGUUUCUCAUCAGUUAGAUCUGGAGAAAUCUCCAGCUCUGUGGACACCAUCAUGUUUUUAUUGUCGGUAUAUCAAAUUGUUGAAGCCUCAAGACGUUUCCUAAUAAUGAACCUUAGAUGAUCACUUGGUGAAAAGCUGAAACAAGGAGUCACAGGGAAGACUGUCUUCCUUUUGUUCAGAAUAACAACCCAAAAAAUUUGGCAACACUGGUUUCGUGGGUGGAGAAGAAGGAAAAGACUGACAUGGAUUUGGGGCCGUGUGUUUAGUAUGUGCAUAUCACUAAAGAAAAAAACAAACCAAACAGAUGUGUGCGUCAAGGUUAGUGUGAUAGAUGGAGAUGGUUUUGUUCCACAAACAUUUCUUGGAGGCAGAAAUAAUCUCAGUCAUUGAUGUCAGUGUGAGGAGCCAAAGUUAAAGUGAAUUUUCCACCUAAACCUGAGAAGACACUUCAGACAAAAUAUAAUUGAAAACAUACAUUACUUUUUCAUAAACAAAGCACACAUGACUAAGCAGAAACAUUAAGUUACCAUCCUGUCAGGCACAGCUACAAUCAAAAGUAUUUUAUGAAAUUUGCAUGGUGGCUUAUUUGAUAUAAAAUCAGAUAAGUAAUGACUAAGCAUCAUCACUGAUUUGAAUAAUGAUAUUUGCUCAUCUGCACAAUUCUUGCUGCUCUUCCUUUGACCCUUGAACUAUAAAUUGUCCAUAAAUUGCCAAUCAUUGCAGUUUUUCUGACUUAAUUCUCAGUAGAGGCACCAUUUUAGACGUCAAGUUGCAAGAGAUGAGUUGAAUAUCUUGGUCACCGUCAGAUUGCCUGGAAUUCAUGAUGAAUUGUAGAUGUAAAAAACCCCUAAACGUAUAUGAGAGCCAGAACAUGUAAACGAUAUGUAGACGUUUUUGGGUAUCAACCUUUAGGUAGUAGGUGUGUAGCCCCCAGCCAAUAACAGCACACAAUCUGGACUCGUACCGAUAAAGUAACAUUGCUGUCUCCGGCUGCAUCCCCAUUCACAUACUCCUGCUUUCUCCUUUUAGUAUGUACUGCAGCUGCCCUUACAAAGUCUGUACUGUUGCAUGCAAUAUAAAUAGUACUUCAUCUGUCAUUGGUCUGGGCUCUCAGCGGCUCAGUCGUUGUGACGUAUCAUCCACUGUGCAAAGGACUGUGGGUCAGAAUAGCUAGAAAAGCAUGCUGGCCUGCAUACUGUCAAAUGCGACUGGAGGUAGUGGGACAUCCUGGUACGUUUUUUUGCAUACUGCAAUUUGAAAUGUUGGGACAUACUUUAUCUUUUUCUGGCAUACUAAAUAGUAUGGCAGUAUGGGUAAAGCACCCUCUGUCUCUCUGCUACACACACACAGAGCAGAUAGGCUUCAGCAGACUGGAUGAAGCUCUGCUGCAUUCACACAAAAUCCAGCAAUGUGGCACUGUCCUGCAGGGUUGUGCGGAGGUGUGGGCGUAUUUAUUCGUGCUUUAGAUCAUUACCGCUAUAAAACAAUCAGAAAAUCUGAUUCAGUGCUUUGUUCUCACUAGUGCUGCUCCCUCUCCUCAUUCACUAGCUCACUUGACCACCACUACUCUCCCUCUCUCUCUGGUAUUGUUGAGCUGGGGAGAGCGGGGCGACUUUGAACGUUGUGUUUACAAAAACCAAUUAACAAAUCCGUCAUAGUUUGCUUUAAAGCCUUGAAACUGUUGUGUAUAAAGAUCCCAAGCUGUAUGCCAAGUAUGUGCUAUGUUCCCCAUUUUAACACAAUUAUUGGUCUUUCUGGUUUAUACCAAACCUUGUCAACUCGUGAGGAUAACCAAUUAUGGCUAUAUUGCUUUUUAAAAAAAAUUUAAUUGUUUUCUAUUUGAUCCAAAACACCCUGUGAAAUUGGCUUGUAAUUUACUGACAAAGUCACAGUUUCACAAAUGUUUCUUUAGAAGCUUGCAGAUUAUUCACUCCCCCACUUUUCCUCCUUUACUGAGAAAACAGCUUCUGCCUCUAAGAACCGUUUCUUCUCAGGUGGACAUUAGUGUUUAUCUGAGUCCAUCAACAUAUAUUAUAAUAUGUUUUAGUAUGUGCGUAUAUGUAAAGAUGUAAAUAAUUAGCUAUGUUUUGUGUUUAUUUUUCAAAUCAGUCUGCAAAUUUGGGUUCUGUCCUCCACUCUUAAUUUUUCCUCAAUGAGGUGACAAAUGUGAGGAUGGAGGCUUGAACAUAAUGGACAGUUUACUGAUGAUGAAUGUAGACCUGCCAACAGAACAGGAGGUGUAGUAACUUCACCUCUUCCUUUAUGAGUUUUACAGUCAAGUUUGUUUUUUUUUAAAAACUGCUGCUUACACGUCAGGACUGGUGAUGUGUUUCUGUUGGCUGCACCAUAGUCUCUCCUUCUGCUGUCAGUCCUCCAGCAUGUUGGCUCGUCCAUCGCAGCCAUUGUCCAACGGUGCAUUAAACACUCCGCCACAGUUGGUAUUCGUGUCAUGUUGGAUUAACUGCAGAUGUGAUCCGCACACUCAGAAAACAAUCAUUCAUAUAAACCUCCUAAGAGCUGAAAUAUGGAUUUUUCCUCCUGGUGAUAUGAACUGCUGUAGUGAACACUGCAGCAAAUCAGCCGAUGCUGCCUGAACUAAAAUGCUCAGUUAUGUUUGACAAGUAAUUAUGAGCUGAAGUUUCACUUACAAGAUUUUUUUAUGGAGCUUUCAAUUUGUGGUCUUUAUCAGUGGAAGAAGAAAAUACAACCCUGCAUAAAACCACAUGUUAUCAUGUUACCCUAACUGCUGUAGGUCACAUGAUAACUGAGCAAUCUCUAUGAUGAUCAGCUGAUGAAGGCCAUGAGAUGAGGGUGAAAGCUCCAGAUGAAAUCUAGUAGAUUGCAAACUAUUUCCAAGGUAAAGAAUGAAUCUGCAAGCUCAAUCUGUAACAUUCACUGAUACAUCCAGCUGUCAGUAGUUUUUAAAAAAUAAAUAAACAUGUUUUUGUUCCUUUUUCCAAUAUGACAUGAACGCAGCACUCAGUGUAGCAAUAUGUUAUUUAUGUAAAUACUACAAGAUGUCAUGCUCCUUAAAGGAUGGGCUCACAAUUGAUCAAGUCUGUCUUAAAACAGCAGUCAGCAGCUCAAAUGAACUGAAAACUGUUUUUCCUACUGUAAUCAUUCCUCCUGUUCAUACUGACUAUUAGAAGAUCUCUUCACAAUGCACUUACAAUGUAAGUGAUGGGGCCAAAAUCCACAGUCCUCCUUCUGUGCAGAAAUGUAUUUAAAAAUGUAUUUGAAUUCAAUAUGAAGCUUCAGCCGUCCAAAUGAGUCAAAUCAAGUACAGUAGAUAUCUUUAAACGUUAGUCUUUUUAGAGCCAAUUCACAAAGACGGAAUUUGAUCCUUAAAAAAGACUGUACACGUGGCAGAUAGCUGCUUUAUAUGACUAACUCAGACUGCUGAAGACUCAUACAAGCUUCAGAUAAACUUUUAAAUGUAUUUCUGUUCUAAAUGACUGUGGAUUUUGGCCCCCAUCACUUAAAUUGAACGCAUAUUUGAAGGGGAUCCUUUAAUGGUCAGUAUGAACAGGAGGAAUGAUUACAGCAAAGAAAACAUCUUUCAUUGUUCAUAUGGACACCUGACUUCUGUUUUAAAACAAGAAAAAGUGUGAACCCAUCUUUUCAAUUUUUGUUUGUGGUUUGAAUGUGUAGACUUUUCUUUUUAAAUGAUAGUUUCAGUUUUGUUAUCCAGAACGAUUACUGUGGGAAAUGUAUACUCUAGGACCAAAUGUGGUGAAAAAUGGUUAGCUGCGGCCUUUAAAGCUUUAUUUGAGCAGUUUUGUGUUUCAGUUAUUGGAUAGUGAUGUUUGUGGAUGUUACCAUGUUUUUUAAAUUCAUCUGAUCAGUGCAACAAGAGACACUGAUGUAAAUAUAGACUGUAUCUUACAUUUAUCCUCCGUAACUGGAAACAUCCACCUGCAGUCAGUCUUCUUCAUCAGCUGCAGCUUCAGCACCUGAAAGGCACCAAAAAAGAUGAAACUGGACACUAAUCAGGCCGCAGAAUAUGAAAUAAAAUGGAUUUGUUUGCUGGAUAGAUCAAAACUAAAUGUGAAUGUAAAUAAGCAAAUCUGUUUGUAUGUAAAUAUGUGAAAUAAAGACACUGUAAAAUUA